AUGCUUGAACCGAAAUCCCCCUCCAAGCGGCGUAUCCUCCUAUGCUCAACCGUCGGUGGCUUUACCCACGCCGCCCCGAUCCUCGAGCUCGGAGCCGUUCUCGCGGCUCGCGGCCAUGAAGUCCACUUCGGAACAAACUCCAACCAGGAGCACUGGGUAGCAGACUACCCAUCCAUCACUCACGUCCACAGCUUUGGUCCAGCCCUGCCGGACGCCGAUGCUGAAGCGCACUACGCGCGCAUGGUCCAGUGGCGGCCCAGCGACGGCAUCGGGCCCAUCAUGGAGUCCAAGUACCUCUUCGACUCAUACUGGCCCGACACGUGGUUUCAUUUACGCGAAAUCAUGCUCGACCCAGACACCAAGCCCGACAUGAUUGUCGCAGACUUCUUCGUAGAGGCAGCGGCCAAGGAUAUGAUGGUCGAGUUUGGCGUCCCCAUUGCCAUAAUGUGGCCUCAGAUGCCGUAUCUUCUGGCGCCCGUGAGCUAUAUCCCCGGCCAGCCGGGCUUUCAGGUCGAGUUCACGCCCACCUCGGAGAAGGCUUCGAUUUGGUCGCGCAUCAGGAAUGAGAUGGUCUUGUUCUGGGUGCUGCCGCAUAUUUCUGCAUGGACCCGUUGGACACGAGCGAUGCGGAGACGACACGGCGUCAAGCACGCGGUUCCACUGGCGUCUAAACCGAAUCAUCUUGUGUUUGUCAACUCGUUCUUUGGACUUGAGCCGGCCAAGGACUUGCCUCCUCUCAUGCAAGUGGUCGGACCGAUUCUGGGGGACGAGUAUCCUCCGCUCGACGAAAGCUACCAAGCGUUUCUACAGUCUCAUAAUAAGACGACAUAUGUCGCUCUGGGGACUCAUAUCGCACUCCCACGAGUAGAGCUGAUGAAGCUGCUCAAUGGCCUCGUCAUAGCUUUAGAUGCUGGGCAUAUCAACGGUGUAAUAUGGUCUAUCGGGAAGUCAGCGAAGCAGAAUUUUGAUAGAUCAGCACACGUCCAAGGACCUAAUGGUGGCAAGAUCUUAGUCGCUGACAUUCUCGAUGAGAAGCACCCAGACAUUCGAGUCCCACCUUUCGCUCCCCAACGAGCCAUCCUCGAACACCCCAAUACCAAGCUCUAUCUCACUCACGGAGGAGGUUCCAGCGCAAAUGAGACCCUAUUCCACGGAACUCCCACCCUGAUUCUAGGCUUCUUCUUUGACCAGCUCGCCAACAGCGCCCGCCUUGAUGAAGCAGGCGUUGGUCUAGCCAUGGAUAAGUUUGACUUCACCGCCGACGAGAUCGCAGAAAAGAUCGGCCGUAUCAUUUCUGACGUCGACGGAUCUUUUGGCAGGAACGUCGAGCGCAUGAGAAGGAUAGCACGCGUGGCAUCUCGACGCAAGGAACUCGCCGCCGACAUGGCUGAGGAAGUCAUCUUUGAUCACGAAUUGCGUUCGACAGGCGGAAGAGCGCUGCGACCCAUGCACCUCCAGACGGCAGACAUGAGGAUGCCGGUGUGGAAGGCCAGGAACUGGGACCUGUGGCUCGUCUCCGUCUCUGCGUUGGCGGUCGGUGGUACAGCCUGCUUCAUCGGCGCGAAGCAUGCUCGGCGACUCGAUUUAGGUAUCUUUAGGUUUGUCUCGGGUAUCGUGUACGACGCGAAUUGGAAUGGAAACUUGGCCUAA